UGAGUGUGGAUGUCUGUGUUGUCUCCGUCACACCCUUUGUAGCUAACAACCACGCGUUCUUGUGGGAUGCAGCAAUUACGCCCAGGGCUGGGGAAGGGGAUGUUGACAUUUACAUGGGCAGCGACAAGGGCUGUCUGUAUUUCUGCUGUGCUUCCAAUUCUCCUGUUCCUUGUUUGCUACCCAUUCUAUGUUCCUGGUGUUGGAGAGGUUGGUGGCCUAGGGGUGGAUGGGAAUGCGAUCAUCCCGAGCAUCAUCGCCGCAUCACUGUCUGCUUUGGCCGUGGUGCUCGCUUGGAUUGGUAGCAUUCUUGCGGCAUCGUUUGCUGCUCUAUUAAGCUAUCCUUUUCUGGCUUCCUCGCUGUCAUCCUCAGUGGACCCGUCGAUGGGAAUAUGGUUGCACAUAGCUCCAGCUUUAGGAGGGGCCCUUCUGGGGCAUAAGUCGGGGUGGAACGUCCUCGUCGAAUUCCUGUUGCCAAUUCGAUCGAAAGGCAUUGGGGCAAGGUGGAUCGGUAGAGUUGGUGUGGAGGCAGAGGUACAGCAAUGGCUCCAGAGGGCAGCCAUUUUCCAAUGGCUUGGAUUAUCGUUGAUUGCACUAUACCGGGGCCUCGGCAGUGUCUAUCUGGCAUUCGCAUUGGCUGUUUUCCCCCUCAUCGCAUAUUUCUUCUCAACUGGCCUGGGUGAAGAUUGGGGUCCUCAGGGGACUGCACACCGCAUGCAGAUUGCCGUGGUCGUGCUCGGAGGCCUUUUCCCUGUACUUCUUGCAACAGAGCCCAUAGUUCACUUCAUCAAUCUUUUGGGCAGCGAGCUAGCUCGUUCCAAUGGAGCCUCCAGCACAGCAUCCCCCUUCUUCAUGACGAUGGAACUAGCACUGCUGACGGCCAUGAUGGUUGCUGCAUUCGCAAUGCACCUUCUUCCAUUUUCUCACAAGCGAGGAGCAAGUUUAUGGCUUUCAGGGGUUGCUUUAUGUACCUGGCUCCUUUCCUUGAUCAUGGUGGGAUCAGGACUGCACCCAACGUACACACACCUCCAUCCCCGGCCAAUCAGUGUUGCUCAUGUGAUUGAUUUGAGUCAGCCACAGUCAUACAUUGUGCUGUCCUCGCCUGCUCCAGGACGCCUCGGCAGGGAGGCUUCAGCAAUCGGCAAUGCUCUCGUUUGUUCACGGAACAUUCCACUGGAUUUUGUCAGCUACCAAGUCGGCUACGGGUGCAUGAAGGUACUUCAUGAUCGUCGAUUCCCACUCAGGGAACUUGGACAGCCUGGAUUGGUUGUGGAAAGUGACAGCCUGCAGAGUGCUCAAAUGAAUGGCCAUGGCGUCCGAGAAGACGGCAGAAGAAGAGUGACCCGCGUGUCUAUGGAUACGGGUGGAUCACUGAACUGGGCUCUGGUGAUUGAUGCAAAAAGGAUAGAGUUCUUUUCGGUUGACGCUGUGAGAAAUGUAAAUACAGACUCACAGGCAACGAUGACACUAGCAUCCAACUUCUCAACAGGAGGGCCUUCUGCCAACUGGCAUGUCAUCCAGUCAUCUUCUGGGAGAAGUGGCUCCACACAUUUCCUUCUCACACUCGUUUGGGCCCCUGUUGGGCCCAACGAACCCAGCGGCUUGAAGAGCUCCAUGAGUAGCAGAAAGAAGACAGAUAAAGGGCAGAUGGAAGGAGCAGAGAGGAAGGAGAUCCGCUGCAACGAUGGGGCUCUUGCGGGGAAACAGUGUGGUGCACCUGAGGAUCAUGUGAUCAGGGGCAAGCCGUCAUCAUCAAGUCAUGAUAGGUACGGUCUCUCAUCGACCUCUAGGCCGGUGAUUAAGCUCAGGGUGGACCAUGAACAUUACACGAAGGAAAUUUUCAACAUACUUCAAGAAGUCCCCUCCUGGUGCACUGCAUUCGCUCGUGGCAACAGCCCUUCAAAUGUCAUUUUCCUCUCCAGUUUGAACCUUGAUUAGCAUCGGACGUUUUCUCCGUACAGCCUUGAUCAUGGCGAUUCCAUGUGUCAGCUAGAAUCUUCAAAGUUUUCAUAAAGCUGGCUGGUGGCACACAGCAACCUCUGCUCCUGUACCCUCAGAAGGCAUGAGGACAGACAUAAACUCAGUGGCUAGCAACACCUUGAGCGAGUAUGUUGAGUAUCUAGUGAGUAUAACUCUGUGUGUGUGUGUGUGUGUGUGUGUGUGUGUGUGUGUGUGUGUGUGUGUGUGUGUGUGUGAGAGAGAGAGAGAGAGAGAGAGAGAGAGAGAGAGAGAGUCUGAAAUGUGAAGAAGACUUGUGAGGACGGAACAGAUAGCACAGAAGCAAGGCCAUUGCUGCCAUCAGAAGGAGAGCUCUCUGGCACCCAACAGUUGUGUAUGCGCUGCACAGUGUUAUCGGCAAUGCCGUGUAGAACGAAAGCAUGGACCAUCGAACAGCUUUUCGAUGAAGUCAAGUCCUCGUCACAAUGCUCAUCGUGUUGUUUCGUACGAUUGUUAACUCUGGUCAUUUAGGGGGUUGUUGUUGGCAUUGUUGCUUGACGAGCUUCAACCAACAAACAGCUAUAAUUGCA